AUGAGGUCAAUCCAGCUGUCGCUUUUGAGCACGACCGCUCACAUGUAUAAUAAGAGGCCCAAGGUCCUUAUUGUCAGAGCAGGUCUGGGAGGACUGACCCUCGGCACGCUUCUUCACAAGGCCAAUAUCCCCUAUAAGAUCUACGAGCGAGCCUCUGAGGUCAAGCCCAUCGGUUCGGCAAUGUACUUCCACGGAACCACUGCCAAUCUCUUCAAGCAAUGUGGCAUCUAUAAUGAGUUUGUCUCUUCUGGCAAGUUUGUCUCCGCAGUCAAUGUCUGCAACGAGCAGCGUGAGAUUCAAUACAAGAUAGAUUUCCAAGCCAACGGAUACAUCAUCAGUCGACCCAAGAUCUAUGAUUUGCUCUCCCGUCAAGUUCCAAGGGAGUCCAUUCACUUUGGUAAAAAGAUCUUGUCGAUGGAGAAUGGAGGCAACGGGGUCUUGGUUCGAUUUAGCGAUGGAACCGAGGCUGAGGGUGAUAUACUUGUCGGAGCAGAUGGUGCUUACAUGCGGUACGACAGAGUUUCUAUGCAAGUAAAUCGACACGGGUAUUAUAGCACAGUCGCCUGGGGUUCAAUUCUCUUCUUGGACGAAGAAACAAGCAAGAACAACGAUGCAUUCCGCAACUCAGAGUGGGGACCGGAGGCUGCUGCCGCGAUGUGCGAAAAGAUCAAGGAUUUUCCUGUUACCAGUGGAGGCGACAGGAUCCUUACCUUCCAGGAUUUGAUGGACCGCACUCCCAAGAAUUAG